AUAGGCAGGGCCCUCCCCCAGCUGCCGAAGACUCCAGUUAUCUCUGCGGCUCGCUAACGCCCCGGAAGCUACCCCUUCUCGGGGGUCAUGAUGGGCAGUAAGAUGGCGUCUGCUAGCAGGGUCGUUCAGGUAGUCAAGCCACAUACUCCAUUAAUAAGGUUCCCUAACAGAAGAGACCAUCCUAAACCCAACGUAUCAGAAGUUCUGAGAUUAGUAGGACUACCAUCUCACUCUUCUUCAGUUUCACAGCAUUUUAAGGGAAGUAAAUCGCCAGACUGGUUGAUGCAUCAGGGUCCACCAGACACUGCAGAAAUAAUAAAAACAUUACCUCAGAAAUAUAGAAGGAAACCUAUGUCUCAAGAAGAAAUGGAAUUUAUCCAGCGUGGAGGUCCAGAAUAAUCACUGACAGUGGCUGUUGUUCGUCAUUACACAAAAGGAUAGUUUUUACGAUAAAGGACUUCCAACGUGACAAAUGAGAAAUUGUACAUUAAACAACCUUAAUAAAUAUUCUGUAAACAAAAAAUUAUAUAGAAAAUUCAGAUGGACACUUAUAACAUCUCAUAAUUUAUGUAUCUUGGUCAGCUCCAUAAGCUUACGUAAUUGUUUAUAUACUUUAUACUUAUUUAAAGUACACAUUUAAAAUGUUAGCCUAUUAUUUUACUCUUGAUUAUUAAGUAUUACUAGUGUUAAACUAUUAAAAGCACACAAUGUCUAGUAAAUUAUAGAUUUCCCAUAAUUUUACUUUUCUUUCAAUUUCUGUUUAGAUAUGAAUUUAUUAGGCAGAAUUGCUGCUUUUUGGAAGUGAUUUUCCUGAAAUUGGAUGAGCGUCAGUGAAAUAAUGGCUCCAUUAUUUAUUGUUAAUUCUCUUAAAAUUUUUUUCAUUCACAAAGUUACUGGAGUAUAACUGGCUUAAUAAGCACAUCCUACUCUGAAAGAUAAAAAUACAGCCAAAGUAAAACCAGUGAUUUUGUGCUAGUAACACAGGGGAGUUAACACAAAAGAUUAUUUGUCACCUAUUUUUAGAAAAAAAGUCAGUAUAAAAUCAGAGAUCAACAUGAAUACAGUAUAGGUAUAAAUGUUUGACCAAAAAUGGCAAUUUCUUAUGUUUUUAGGGGUAUUAAGAAAGUGUUCUUUGGUUUAUUUUGCUUUUGAUUGUAAUAAUGUAUGCAAAUCCUGGUAACCAUUAAUUUUCUCAAACUUAAUGUCUGAAAGCUUCAUAAAAUCAACCUAAAUAUUUA